AUGGUGGUUUUAACAACAUUAGUAAAAGGAGGUUUUGGGAUCAGAUUUGUAAUAGAUAGAGAGGAAUGUGUAUCACACAAUGUUGAAUACGAAGGAGAUACCGUUCAUAUUUCUUUUGUUGUCAUCAAAGCAGAUGAUCCCUGGCAUUAUGGAGAAGAGGGUGUUGAUCUUGUUAUAAAGGGCCCUUCUGGUGAACAAAUUCAAGAUUUCUAUGACAAGAUCAGUGAGAAAUUUGAGUUUAUGGCUCCAAAAAAGGGCCUUUACCGGUUUUGCUUUACAAAUAGGUCACCUUAUCACGAAACAGUAGAUUUUGAUGUGCAUGUUGGCCACUUUCCAUAUUAUGAGCAGCAUGCAAAGGAUGAGCAUUUUAACCCCUUGCUUGAGCAAAUCUCAAAGUUAGAAGAAGCUCUGUACAACAUCCAAUUUGAACAGCAUUGGCUAGAAGCACAGACUGAUCGUCAGGCGCUAGUGAAUGAGAACAUGAGCAAAAGAGCAGUCCAUAAAGCAUUACUCGAAUCAAUUGCACUUAUUGGAACCAGUGUUCUUCAGGUUUACCUGCUACAACGACUAUUUGAAAGGAAACUUGGAACAUCUAGAGUUUAA